CCCCGCGCCAGCGCAUGCGCCCGCCUGUGGGCGCUGUCCGGGCUGCGAAGGCGGGCGAGCGCACCGACAGACGGACGGACCGACGGACCGGCGGCCGGUCGGACAGACUGGGCAGCGCAGGGAGCGGGGACGCGGCGGGACAGCGACAUGGCCGGCCACACGCAGCAGCCGAGUGGGCGCGGGAACCCCCGCCCUGCACCCUCGCCUUCCCCCGGCCCCGGCGCCUCGGAGCGGGUGGCGCUCAAGAAGGAGAUCGGGCUGGUGAGCGCCUGCACCAUCAUCAUCGGAAACAUCAUCGGCUCGGGCAUCUUCAUCUCCCCCAAGGGGGUCCUGGAGCACUCGGGCUCUGUGGGUCUGGCCCUCUUCGUCUGGGUCCUGGGUGGAGGUGUCACUGCCCUGGGCUCCCUCUGCUACGCGGAGCUGGGAGUCGCCAUCCCCAAGUCUGGCGGGGACUACGCCUAUGUCACCGAGAUCUUCGGGGGCCUGGCUGGCUUCCUGCUGCUCUGGAGUGCGGUCCUCAUCAUGUACCCAACCAGCCUGGCUGUCAUCUCCAUGACCUUCUCGAACUACGUGCUGCAGCCCGUGUUCCCCAACUGCAUCCCCCCAGCCACCGCCUCCCGCGCACUCUCCAUGGCCUGCCUGAUGCUCCUGACAUGGGUGAACAGCUCCAGCGUGCGCUGGGCCACGUGCAUCCAGGACAUCUUCACCGGCGGGAAGCUACUGGCCCUGUCCCUCAUCAUUGGCGUGGGCUUCGUCCAGAUCUUCCAAGGACACUUCGAGGAGCUGAGGCCCAGCAAUGCCUUUGACUUCUGGAUGACACCCUCCGUGGGUCACCUGGCCCUGGCCUUCCUCCAGGGCUCCUUUGCCUUCAGCGGCUGGAACUUCCUCAACUAUGUCACUGAGGAGCUGGUCGACCCUCGAAAGAACCUACCUCGUGCCAUUGUCAUCUCCAUCCCGCUGGUGACCUUUGUGUACACCUUCACCAACAUCGCCUACUUCACUGCCAUGUCCCCCCGGGAGCUGCUGGCCUCUAACGCGGUGGCCGUGACCUUCGGGGAGAAGCUGCUGGGCUACUUUUCUUGGGUCAUGCCCGUCUCCGUGGCACUUUCCACUUUUGGAGGGAUCAAUGGCUACCUGUUCACCUCCUCCAGACUGUGCUUCUCUGGGGCCCGAGAGGGGCACCUGCCCAGCCUGCUGGCCAUGAUCCAUGUCAGACGCUGCACCCCGAUCCCCGCCCUGCUUGUCUGUUGCGGGGCCACAGCGGUCAUCAUGCUUGUGGGAGACACGUACACGCUCAUCAACUACGUGUCCUUCAUCAACUACCUCUGCUACGGCGUCACCAUCCUGGGCCUGCUCGUGCUGCGCUGGAGGCGGCCGGCGCUCCACAGGCCCAUCAAGGUGAACCUCCUGGUUCCUGUGGCGUACUUGGUUUUCUGGGCAUUCCUGCUGGUCUUCAGCUUCAUCUCGGAGCCCAUGGUGUGUGGGGUCGGCGUGAUCAUCAUCCUCACAGGGGUGCCUGUUUUCUUCCUGGGGGUGUUCUGGAGAAGCAAACCAAAGUGUGUGCACAGACUCACAGAGUCCAUGACACGCUGGGGCCAGGAGCUGUGUUUCGUGGUCUACCCCCAGGGUGCCCCUGAGGAGGAGGAGAAUGGCCCCUGCCCGCUGCCUGCCACGGACAAGCCCUUGAAAACACAGUGAGAUAUUCGUGGAGGCUGAAGCAGCUGUUUCUGUUUACAUGUUGUUUAUUGAGGAGGUGUUUUUGCAAAAUAAGUUUUAGGUUUUUUUGUUUUGUUUUGUCCUGGGAAAAAAAAGAGAUCUGACUCUUGGAGGCCUUGACCAAGGGAGCCCUGCAGAUGUGGCCUGGGCUCCCCGGUCAGCACUGCCCCACUGGCUUUUCCUGAAAAGGUCUAUGAAUAAAACAGGGCUGG